AUGUCAAAGAAGAACGAUUUAGCUAGAAGGAAAAGGCUUCACGAUUUCGAUCUCAGAAAAGAGAAAGAAGAGAAGGAAAAGAGGGAAAAGAAACUUCAAGCAAAGAAAAACAAGAUGAAAGUUGAUGGUAGCAGCAGUAAGAAGAAGAAGGGUGGCGGUGGAUUUGAAGUAGGGAAGAAAAAGCUGAAAACAAAGCUGACUCCUUUGGCAAAAGCUAAAGCUGCCCAGGCUAUGGAGGUCGACAAAUGA